UUUGUGGAAAUGUUUCAACGGUACGUGUCGGGGCAAGUACCAGCGACGAACAAAGACUGAAAUGUGUGUUAAAAAUCGAAACUACUAGAGAUUUCUUUUGUUUUUAGGAAGUUAAUAGUUCAGUUCUAUGAUCCCGCUAUGUUAAUAGUCACCAGAAUGUUCUCUUUUAACCGUGUGUUGUGUUUCGGGUCCAUCAUUGUCCCUCAAAGCACCUCCUCCCUCUCUGUAUGCCAUUUUUCUGCUUUCCAUUAUCUAACCAGCCGCAAACGAAACAGUCCGUACAGUUCCGUGGACAGUGAGCGCUACUCCUCUCUGAUAAAAUCCGUCAUGUCCUUCAAGGUCAGCCCCCAAACCCCGGAGACCCUCCAAGAAGAAGACGACCACAUUUACGGAUCAGUUGUCAAGUCUCCGUCAAGAACCGAGAAACGAGGACCUAAAACUCUCCAUCCCUUUUUCAAUUCCGAGAAAUCUCUAGAAGCACACGAGCCAGAGGCAGGACCCCCAGUUCGGGUUUUAUUGCCGGUAAAUCGAGGACAAGGCAGGUCUUUUGUGCCGAGCGUGACCCGGAUCCUUCAGCAGACCCUUUCUCCAGAGCAGAUCUUCUACCUGGAGCGAUGGAAGAGGAGGAUGAUCGCUGAGCUUGGAGAGGAAGGCUUCAAAGAAUACACUCAGAAUAUAUUUAGACAAGGAAAGCUUUUCCACUCAGCUUUGGAGGACAUUUUCAAAUCUGGUGGAACAUGGAAGACCAGAGAUCCCUCAGAGACUCCAGAUUAUCCACCUGAAGUCCAAGGAUACAUUCAGAGCAUCUCUCACAUACUGGAGGAUGUCAGUGCAGUGAGGGCUGCUGAAAGCACUGUCCAACAUGGCUCCCUGAACUACUUGGGAAUUGUGGACUGUGUUGCUCGCUACAGGGGUGUGCUGUGCGUUAUUGAUUGGAAAACGUCAGAAAAGCCCAAACCAUUGUUGAGCAACACGUAUGACAACCCCGUUCAGGUGGCAGCAUAUGCUGGGGCUUUGAACAGCGAUGAUAACUACAAAUAUCAGGUUGAAAAUGGGCUCAUUGUUGUGGCCUACAAGGACGGCUCGCCGGCCCACGCUCACCAGCUGAGCUCAGAGAUGAUGUCAGAGUACUGGAAGACGUGGUUGAUGCGUCUUGAAGAUUACAAAAGACAAAGAACAAGUUCUUCAUCAAGUUCCUCAGGAAAGUGAUGAUCUGUAGAAAAAUCUGCAUCAGCCUGACGGUCUGCAUCGAUAUUUUUAAUUUAACGCACCUGAAUUCUUAACUUAAAAUGCGAAAGCAAGGCAAUAUGAAGUCUUUUCUUCACCUGUAGUAGGAAACUUAAUAGAUGAAGUAUUUAAAAUGAUUGAACACACACUAGGUUUCUGUGUGAGGGAUCUUUAGUGAAGCCCAUGUUUUUAAAGAGUUGGUAGGAGGCCAGGCUCUGCUCCUUUAUGAAGCAGAGCUCUGGGUAGCCCUGAGCGUGGAGUCUGGGCCAUGCUGUUGAUUAGGACUUUAGUGUAGCCUUUCUCUCUCUGCUCUGGCAGAGUGUACAGUAUUCCCAUGGUGCACGACGUGCACGUCAGAAUCCAAGACACCGGCUAUCCUUCGGCAUCCAUCACGCAGCAGGAGGGAAUGUUCACAAUCAUGCUGCCAGUCGUCCCAGCAGCUUCCUGGUUCCUUCCAAACUUCCACGUCUGGUUGACCAAACCGAGGUGUGACUCAUCCAGGGAGUUAAUGCAAAGCAAAUGUUUUAUAUUUUUCAUAAAAUGUUGUUUAUAAUGUGCCAGAGCCUGUAUUAUUAUGUUAUUGCUCUGUGUAGUUUAUACCAGUCUGUAGAGCGAAGCUUGGUCUCAUCCUGCAGUAUCAUCCUGUGACUGCCUGACUGUUGAAAGGCACGCUCUUUUCUGACGCAACUGAUUUAACUUAUCUCCAUAUGAGAAAGACUGGUCCCUUCAAAUCAUGAAUAAAAUGACUUUUUGAGAUUUGCAA